GCGUAGGCCUACUGACAUGAGGUUCGAAUUUUGUCACGAACGCUACAAUCAUAGACAACAAAGUCGUCGUAUGCUAUAAUCAAUCUUCUUCUGUAUUGUAUUCGUAAUUAUUAGAUUCAAAAGUAUAGCUACUCUAUAGAUACAUGCAAGAAUAGUAUCCAUUUUUCUGAAGAUAUAGGUUAUACGACUUACGAGUUGGGAUGAAAUUUGGACAGAAUUUGGAGAAUGCAAAGUUUAUUUUUGGCAAUUUUCUGGAUUUUCAUAUUGGUUUCAGACAUCAAUCUUAGCUUUGCCAAUGGUGACUGCUUUCAUGGGAAAUCUCAGCCAUCAGUAAAAGAACCAGAAAAUCUUUCUGAAGGUUCCUGUGCUGCAAAUACUCAUGAAGGAAUGGUUAUGGUGAGAGGUGGAAUAUAUGAAAUUGGAACAGAUGAACCAGUCUUUAUAGCUGAUGGGGAGUCUCCUGCUCGUACAGUCUAUCUUGAUGACUACUUCAUUGAUACUCAUGAAGUCAGUAAUCAAGACUUUGCAGAUUUUGUAGAGAUUUCUAAUUUUGUAACUGAAGCUGAAAAAUAUGGGAGCUCUUUUGUUUUUGAAGGAAUCCUUAGCGAUGAAACAAAAUCUGAAAUCUCCAAAGUUGUGGCCUCUGCCCCAUGGUGGAUGCCUGUUGUAAAUGCUUCCUGGAAAUUCCCUGAAGGACCAAAUUCUUCUAUAACAGGUUUUGAUUUUAAAUUUUCUUGUAAAUAUCUUUAUCAUCUAAUUCUGAAUCAUGCAGACAAAAUGAAUCAUCCAGCAAUCCACAUAUCCUGGAAUGAUGCUGUCAGCUUUUGUGAUUUUUAUGGGAAAAGGCUACCGUCCGAAGCUGAGUGGGAGGUUGCUUGCCAGGGAGGACUUAAGCAGCGUCUUUAUCCAUGGGGGAACAAAUUAAAUCCUUACGGAAAACACUGGACUAAUAUUUGGCAAGGUAAAUUUCCUGGCGAAAACACUGCUGAAGAUGGUUACGUAGGCACAGCACCCGUCGAUGCGUUUCCUCCUAAUAAAUACGGGCUUUAUCAAAUGGUCGGUAACGUCUGGGAAUGGACCAUGGAUUGGUGGCAAGCAGAUCACAGCAGCGAACUCUUAAGGAAUCCGAUGGGCCCAAAGAAAGGAAAAGACAAAGUCAAGAAAGGUGGAUCGUACAUGUGCCAUCAAUCCACUUGCUUCCGCUACCGAUGUGCCGCGCGGAGUCAAAAUACUCCGGACAGCUCUUCCAGUAAUUUGGGAUUUCGUUGCGCAAUGUCUUCCUCCUCUCAAGUGAAAAUACUCUAAGAAAGGAAAAAAAAUCCUUGAAAUAAACCAUAAAUAACAAAAAUGAAGACUACCACCAAAUCAUUGAGAAUCACUGCCGACCGAUGGUUAUCAUCUUUAUUGAUGUUCACAGAUCCAAUCACUAGAAAUAGGAUACCGACCAUGACCUGAAUAGGAAAGUACGACAGCCACUGGAUCAAAAGCUGCAACCAAAAUAUUGAGGACAGUAAUGACGAAGACGCUGCCCAAGUUGAUGUAGUUCAGAGCCAAAGCCGAGAUUCGAUACUCUUGGAUGUGAAGACGACAAUCGCGCAUCAUGUUCAAGAUUACAAUUACAAUCGGGCACAUAUAAAAAUUGGCAGAAGGAUUUGCUGAUGGAGGGACGAAGAAAAACACGCCAG